UAAUUGGCGCCUCCAAAAAGGUGUCAACAGAAAGCAAGGGCAAAGGUGACCGAGACCUGGAUUUAGUUAGGCUAGCUAACCGCGGAAGAAGAAAAGCCUCCGAUUCCUUCCCUCCUCUCCUCGCCGAAAGGGAGAAGGAUGGACAGCUCAGGGCUGCGGGCUCCGGCGCCGGUUCACAUGGUCGGGGGAUGCUGCGAGGACUGAAGACUUUGGAUGGGUGUUGCGUGUGCUCAUCCCACCGAGCGAGAGGGAGAGACGAGUCAGAAAGGCCCGCCCGUGAAGCUCCAUCCCGUUCUUGCCCAGUGUUCAUCAGGUGCAGCUUGCGCGGAUCCCCCUCAUGAACUGAGCAAUCGAUAGAAGAAACAAAAAGGGCCAUUUCCGCUACAGAAAAUAAAUCAUCAGGAAUGGGAAAACGAGGCCACAGGCGGUCUGCAUCACAAGACGACGACAAUGUGGGCUGUGUGUGGGGCCUCAUGCGCAUGCUUUACUUCCGCCGAGACCCCAAACUUUUGCUGGAUGCGAAGCAGUUGAGUGGGAGGCAUGCGUUCCGGGAGGUCAGCGGGAGGGGGCAUUCAGCAAAGAGGCCAAAUGAUUUUGACGGGAUAGAAGAAGAUGGUAACAUAGAAGAUCGCACUUUGCAGAAACCGACAGUAAAAAACCUUAUGGAGGAUGAAUUGGAAAAAUUAAUGCUGCUGAAGAAAUUUCCAAAUGAUGAGGUUCAGAGAAGAAAAGCCGACCUGGGAAUUGAUGUCUCUCUUGAUACGAUUUCAGAGCAUACAAAUAAAUCAACAGAUAACUCAUAUCACCAGGCAGGAAUCUCUACGCCUUCAACUCCAUCAAUGGAUUAUGGGGUUUUGAAUUAUACUGAAGAAUAUAAUCUUGAAUCUGUGCUGGUGAAUUUUCUAGGUGAAAUAUAUAGUUGUCACAAUGAAUGCCCACACAGUGAUUGCAAGAACAAGAAUGAAUUGUGUCCUUCACUGAAGUCCCUAAUCCAUAAAAAGGUCAAUGAAUUGAAUAAUCUUCCCCACAAUAUUGGCCGUGGGCAAUCUCAAGAGGGCAGUGAUGCUAAGCCAUCUGACCAAAAUAAUCUUUAUAACACCAUGGCAGCCCAAUCCAAACAAUUCAAGGAUGCAUUGGAAAUACUGGGUUCGAACAGUGAACUUUUUGUGAAGCUGCUUCAGAAGCCAAAUCAACAUAUAGCUGAUAGUAUCCAACAGCAUGAAAACAGUAAGGUGUCUGCUGGAUUAGAGCCUGACAAAAUUCAUGGACAGACCAAUUUUGUUGGAGGAAGAGGAAGCUCAAAACAGCAUCCUUUGGCUACAAAAGAGCAGGCUAAAGAGAGAAAAUAUAUGUUCUUCUGGAGGAAGAGUAAAUCAAAUAGAAGGCAGAUGCUUGACGCAACAGAUGGAGCUCAGACUGUUAGCAAAAUUGUUAUUCUGAAGCCAAAUCCAGAAAGAGGGAUUAAUCAGAAAGCAGCUACUGCAAGAACUUUACAUCAACAGCCAUGUACAUCGAAUGCUCCUGGAUGCAGUGGAAGGGAAAACUCAAAGUUUUCAAUUAAGGAAGUCAAGAAAAGAUUCAGAUUUGUGACUGGUGAGAGAAGUGAAAGAAAUUUGUCACCUGCAGAGGACCUUCAAGGAGACCCACGUAAGAUCAAAGAUUCUGUUGUUGCAAUUAAUAAAUAUUUUAGACAUCUCCCUGAAGGGAGCUUGGCAAACAAGUCUGCAUCAGACAUUGAGAAUGGCAUCAAACCUUUUAUCAGCAGUAAGCAAAAGAAUCAAAAUGGGAGCAUAACUGAAAUCAGUGGCCAUAUAGUAGCACCAAAAGGUGCAUCUGUAUUUUAUGAAGAGGCCAGGAGGCAUUUAUCAGAGAUGCUAAAAGGUAAUGACUGUUCCAUAAACUAUCCAGAAGUUCAAAUAUCAAAAUCCUUGGAAGGCAUACUUUCUCUUCCUCAUGGCAAUGUGUCAACCACUGGGAGUAGCCUGAGGGGAAAGGAUUACCUUGACCCCUCACCUGGAGAAACAGAUGUUUACGAUGCAUGUGAGGUUGAGAGAGAAGAAUGCACACAAGAGAGAAGCCAAUCACAAGAGGAUUUUGGAAGCAUUGCUCACUGUACUUGCACAACAGUUGAUGAUCAGGUGACAGUUCGAGAAGGAUAUUACACGAAUGAAGCACAAGAAGGACCAAGACAUGCUCAUGAUGAGCCAGACACUCUGUAUAUUGAAGGACUUGAUAAAUUCAUUUGCCGCGAAAACAUUCGCAACGAAGAGUCCAGUCCAGCAGAACAAAGCAGAGACGAUAUACGUCAAGAGAUACUAGAAGAAAUAAAUCAGGGAAAAGAGCAUGUUAAAAUGUCCCUAGCUUCUGUUGAGGGCAUAGAUGAAAAGUUGGGGCAGCAAGAGCCAGAAACACCGGAACCAAGAGCAUCAGCCAAAUUAAUCUCAGACGGUUCUCCUAAUCAAAGCGAUGAAAAGCAAGAGAGGCCCAGUCCAGUAUCUGUUCUUGAGUCAUCCUUCGAAGAUAUUGGCAGUCCAGACUGCAUAAACAAGAAAGAGUGUGAGCUGCAUGGUCUCCAAAGGACCCUGUAUUUUCCAGAUAAUGAACCAGACGUUAAUGUCCUUUGGGAGGACAAGAAUGUCAGGUUGGACUACAUAAAGCUGGUGCUAGAACUCUCAGAACUGUGCGCAGAACAAAAUCUAGAGGUAUGGUACCUAGAAGACGAGUUGAUCAGCCCCUGCUUGUUUGAAGAACUACAGAGCCAGGGUGAUCAGACGGAUGAUCGAAUGCUUCUGUUUGACUGUAUCUGUGAAGCUCUAACAGAGAUCCAAGAGAGAUAUUUUAGACUCUCCUCUUGGCUAACUUUUCUAAAACACGACAUACGGACACCUCCGACAGGAGAGAACCUAAUCACAGAAGUUGAUAGGUACGUUAACGGGUAUAUUAUCCAGUACAGUCUUCCAAGUACUCUAGAGCAGACAAUUAAAAGGGAUCUGGAAGUUCAGACGUGGAUGAACAUUAGAUCGAAAACCGAAGGGAUUAUUAUGGAGAUGUGGGAGUUUGUAUUGGAUGAGUUGAUAGAUGAGACUGUCUCCGAUUUGUGGAUUUGAAGUUCUGAUUAGGCUUCGUCCAUGGUGCCUCUGUGGCGAGCAUAGUGAGUAGGAUACAGGAGUUCUUUCGUGCUGAAAAAUAACCAGUUCUAUGCGGCAGAAUAGCAUGGGCUACCGCUAGCCAAGUGUGUAACUGCAGUGGAGAUCGUUCUCGUGUAGUCGUGUGGAGGAGAACAGAAGUCUAGGUUCAGCAGAUCUCCAGAGCUGUGAAGUUUGCGUGGAUGAAGUUGGGCACGGUUUGUCUCACAGCCAUGCCUCUGCACGGCGAAGUGUACAGCAGUCUGAAGCGCAUUGCGAUUUUCCUCUUUGCCCGUUGAGAUUUGGGAGCUUGUGUGUGCAUGUGUGAUGCGUGCACUUUUCAGCGUGAUCAGAUCGCGCUUGUUUUUUUAUAGGUUUGUUUUGUGUGUAAAUGUGAAAAAAAGAGAGAAAGCAAACAUACAUGAUUAAUCAAAUGACAUGUUUUAUGUA